UUCCGAGAGGGUGAGAACCAUGGCAGGCCGGACCCUAGCUCUGCGAUAUGGACCUCCUUGGUCCCCCAUUUCUGAAACUGAGGUUCCUGGAACCUGGCCCAGCUGGCAUCUCAUCAGCAGCGGGGUCGCCCACCACAGGAUCCCACCAGCACCCUUUCCUCCGCCCACUCUGCAGUCUACGGUCCUGGCACCCCUGCCCGCAGCCAUGAAGCACGACCCACGCCUCUGGGCUUUUGACGAAGUCAUCAGCAGAUGGGAAACCACAUCGGGCUCGGCAUACACGGCCAAGACUCACGGUGGGCCCUGUGCUCAGCCCAAGGUCGCAGAGCAUGAAGACCCUGGGCGGUCACUAGGGAUCAAGUCUUUGGCCGAGAAGCUAAGACGCCAUCAGGGUUUGGGUGUCCCCCUGAACACAAAAUACCAGAUCAGCGAGAUGAAGGCACAAUACACGGGCUGUCCAGGUCUGGACCAGAGUGCCCCUCUCUUUGCGGAGCCCCAACCCCUGGAGCUCGCUGACCACCACCGCGGGGGGCCUUCCCAGGCCCUCAUCCCCUGGACAAAGAACCCAGAGCUGGCUGGUCAGCCCUUUACAGUGAGCAAGAUGGGUGUCCUGGACCGCCUCCAGCCCUAUCUGACAACCUCUGCACGUGACUUCUCAAGGAAAGAGCUGCCUGGAUAUCCUGGCCAGAAAACAAUGACUUGCUGGAGCUGUCUGAAGAAGCCACAGGCUUUCAGUCAUGGUGGUCCACCGAGGGAACGGCUAGCCCGUGCACGCCCAGUACCACCAGCUGUGCCAUACCUGGGGGCCCUGCCUUUGGCCCAGGAGUCCUACGGGCCCUCAGUGCACCCGCUCCGCAGGCUGGACCACUUUUGCCCACUAGAGGCACCCUGGGGAGGCCCCCACCAGAAGCCAGUGCCUGGCAUCCACAGUGUGCCCAAGGCCUACUGCACCGAGAACUCCCGCUAUGGGAGUGCCAGGGCAGAGCUGGUGUGAGCAUGUGGGCCUCACCCACAGGCAGACAUACACUCCAGCAUCGGAUUUGUGGGUGGGUUGGCCAUACCCCACGCUUGCAGAAAAGCCUCCUCCAUGCGGAGCUUAGUAAUCAAGGAGUUUUACAGCUGAAAUCACACCCACGUCUGGAUCCAUGCAUCCUGAUUAGGGAGUCGGGUGAGGGGCGGUUGCUCCACUUCUGGUUGGAAGUGUCUGGGUAUAGUAAAUUUGGAGGCCCACUUGGGGCAGGAGGAACCUAACGCUGAAGCUGUUCCUUUUUGUAAGGCUGCACUGAGGGACCCAGCCAGCAGCCUGCAGAGUUCACCUUUUUCUCCUCCUGUGAUGGGGGUGAAGGGCCCAAGGGUCCUUCCUGCACUCCCAACAUUGGCUAGGCUCAGACACCUGGGGUGAGUGUGAGGCCAAUCAGUGAUGGUUCCCUCACUUCCCUGACCUUGUCUGUCUCUCGCCCCCAAAGAGAUUAGUGUCUAGGUUACCGAAGCCUACAGUCGCUGCUUGGUGGCCUUGCCACCCCCACAACCCGCAGGUAUAAAGUUAGGUGACCGAGGUAGGGAAGGCAUCAAGAAUGGAGAGGCUCCAGGUAAGAGUAUAGGGCCCUGGCAUCUCCCAAUCCCACCAGACCCUAACUGGUAGAGAUGUACAGUCCUAUGACCUAUGGGGGGUGGGGGUGUCCUGACUGGUGGACUCCAAGAAGGACAGAAACGGAAUUGAUGGCAGGUCCUGAAGGCCAGGAUCAAUACGAUACUGAGUGGGUCCAGAGCCUGGGGUGGUGAAUCCAGGGCUAGACUGAGUCACUGGCUGUGUCCCAGGG